AUGUCCGACGACGAGUUCGACUUUGACGACGCGGCCCUGGGCGAGCUCGACGCCAUCGAGACGGCGCUCCAGUCCGGCCUCGCCCUCCCGCCUCGCUCCCUCGUCAACAAGCCCGGCCUCGUUCAGCGCGACUUGUUUGGCGGCACCGUCAUCCAGCAGGAGCGUCCUCCGCCCAAGGCGGGCCCGUCUCGCGCCGGCCAAGGCAGGGCAGGUGGGACCGGCGCCGGCAGCGGCGGCGACGGCGUGACCCAGGCCAAGACCAAGCAGGUCAAGGAGUGGGACCGCUCGAGCUUCGCCAAGCACGGCUGGAGCAAGCGCGGUGCGGCCGAGGCCAAGGCCAAGGCGCAGGGCAAGCGGCCCAAGGGCAAAGGGCGCGCGUACGGCUCGGACGAGGACGACUGGGACGAGGACAACGUGCUCGACGACGACGACGACGAGGGCGACGGCGACGAGUUCCUCAUCGACACGUCGUACGACCCCAAGGCGCCCAUCCUCCCGAUCAAGUGGGACCCGGACCGCGAGGCGGCGAGGACGUUCGUCUACCCGGUCCAGCCCGACAAGCCGAUGCGCGUGUACCAGUACAACAUUGUCAGCCGGGCCCUGUUCGAGAACACGCUCGUCAGCCUGCCGACCGGUCUCGGCAAGACGUUCAUCGCCGCCGUCGUCAUGCUCAACUUCUACCGGUGGUACCCUCGCGGCAAGGUCCUGUUCCUCGCGCCGACUCGACCGCUCGUCACGCAGCAGAUCAAGGCGUGCCACUACAUCGCCGGGAUCCCGCAAAACGACUGCAUCGAGCUCACCGGCGGCACGCCGGCCAAGCUGCGCUCGGUCGGGUGGCUCACCAAGCGCGUCAUCUACUCGACGCCGCAGACGGUCGAGCGCGACCUCGCCAAGGGCCGCCUCGACCCGCGCGACGUGACCUGCAUCGUCGUCGACGAGGCGCACCGUGCGAGCGGCGACUACUCGUACUGCGGCGUCGUGCGCUACAUGAUGUGCCGCAACCCGCACUUUCGCGUGCUCGCCCUCACGGCGACGCCCGGCUCGCGCGGCGAGGCGGUCCAGGAGGUCAUCGACAACCUGCACAUCGGCCGCAUCGAGGUCCGCGCCGACGACUCGCUCGACAUCCGCCAGUACGUGCACAAGAAGUCGUUCGACCUGUGCGUGCUGCCGCUCGGGCCGCAGCUCGGCGCCCUGCGCGACAAGUGGGCCGGCCUCAUGAAGCAGUACAUCCAGCCGCUGUACGCUUCGCGCCUCCUGUGGUCGCAAGACGCCGUCAUGCUCUCGCCGUUCGCCGUCCAGCAGGCGUACCAGAAGAUCAACCAGCUCCCCGGCGGCCGCAAGGACAACGGCAAGUUCUUCCCCAUGAUCAAGACGCUCGCCAUGAUGGCUCGCGCCAUGGAGUACCUCGUCGUCCAGUCGGUCACGUCGUUCCUGUCGAUCGUCAAGGACGUCGAGGGCGCCGGGUCCAAGAACCUCGUCAACUCGAGCGGGUUCCGCGAGGUCCUGCGCGACACGGACGCGCUCCGCAGCCGCGCCGGCUACGUUGGGCACCCCAAGAUGGAGAAGCUGCGCUCGAUGUGCAUCGAGCACUUUACCAACGCGCAGCACGAGCGCGACGAGUACACGGGCGAGCGCCGCGAGACGCGCGUCAUGAUCUUCUGCAACUUUCGCGCCGUCGUCGAGGAGAUCGUCGAGUGCCUCAACACGCAGCGCCCGCUCAUCAAGGCGACGCCGUUCGUCGGGCAGGCGAGCUCGAAAGGGUCCAAGGGCAAGAGCCAGAAGGAGCAGCUCGAGACGAUCCGCAAGUUCAAGCGCGGCGACUACAACGUCCUCGUCGCGACCUCGAUCGGCGAGGAGGGCCUCGACAUUGGCGAGAUCGACCUCAUCGUCUGCUACGAGGCCAACAAGUCGCCCAUCCGCAUGCUGCAGCGCGUCGGCCGCACCGGGCGCGCCCGCGACGGCCACAUCAUCGUCCUCAUGGCCGAGGGCCGCGAGGAGAAGAAUUGGGACCGCGCCAACGACGCCUACAACGACGUGCAGAACGCCCUCACGUCCAACAAGACGUUCGAGCUGUACGUCGACGGCGAGCGGCUCCUCCCGGCCGACGUCAAGCCCCAGUGCGAGAAGGUCGAAAUCAAGGCCCUCCCACUCGACCUCGACAAGCUCACGAUGACG